AUGAACUGUUCGAAGAGGGGGGCCCCCGGGGGGCCCCCUCACUGGGAUAUUGUAAAGGACCCGGAAGCAGCAGCAAAAGCCUUUGCUAGGCAUCUAGCAGCGGCAACAGCAGCAGCAGCAGCAACAGCAGCAGCAGCAACAGCAGCAGCACCUGACGACGAAGCAGUGGGGCCCCUCACGCUGCAGGCGGUUCGGCUGCUGCUGCUGCUUACUCAGGCUGUCGGCCUGAACCUCCCCGCAGUUCCUGCUGCAGCACGAGCAGCCUUGAGCAGCCUUUGCCUGCGUCUCUUAUGCAGCAGCAGCAGCAGCAGCAGGAAGAACAGCAGCAGCAGCAGCACGCCUUCUCGGCAGCAGAAGCAGCAGCAGCAGCAGCAGCAGCAGGACAUCCUCACCCUUACUGAUCUGCUGCUGUCCCCAGGCGCUGUCCACGGGGGCCCCAAGAGCCGCCGCAAGAGCCCCCAGCAGCAGCAGCAGCAGCAGCAGCAGCAGCAGCAGCAGCAUUCUGUCCGCACGAGCAGCUGCAACGCCCUCCGUUCUUUCUUUCACUUCGUUGUCCAAGAAGAAGAGCUGCAGAAGGCAGCAGCAGCAGCAGCAACAGCAGGAGCAGCAGCAGCAGCAGCAGUAAGCGGCCUCGCGCUGCUGCUGCCGCUGCUGCAGCUGCUGGCGCAGUCGCCCGCAAGACGACUGAGGCUUGCUGCUACAAUUGCAGCUGUUGGCAUGCUGAGUGGAGCAGCAGCAGCAGCAGCAGAUGUAUCGCGCGAGGCCCGCCGAUUCCGCGUGCAGCAGCAGCAGCAGCUGCUGCAACAGCAACUGCAGCAGCGGCGACAGCGCAAGCAGCAGCAGCAGCAGGAGCACGUGGAAGAGCAGCAAACAGCUCUUGUGGGCGGUGCGCUGCAGCAGCGGCUUCAACAGCUGGCAGCAGAGGAAGCAGCACUCCAGCAGCUGCUGCAGCAGCUGCUGCGUCUGCUGCAGCAGCGAGCAGAUGAUGUAUGCCCCAGUGUCAGGGCAGAAGCACUCAAAGCAUUGGCUGGUGGCUUGCCCUUUGCUGCUCCUUCUUUGGUGCUGCGAAAGGAGACCUUCGCGCUGCUGCUGCCGCUGCUGCGGCAGCAGCAGCAGCAGCAGCACGAUGCCUUGGGACUUUUCCAUUUGGCGACGCAUGCAGUUUGCGACUUUGCGCAGCAGACACAUCUGACCACCACUGCAGCAGCAGCAGCAGCAGCAGCAAAUCCGCAGCAGCAGCAGGAAGAAGUGACUGCAGAAGCAGCAGCAGACUGCAGCAGCUUCAUAGAAGAGGCGCUGCCGCUCGUGCUGCUGCAGACCGCAGCAGCAGACGCUGCGGUUGCUGCAGCAGCGCUGCGCUGCUUGCUGCCGUUUGCUGCUGCGACUGCUGCCGCAGCACAACAGCAACAGCAGCAACAGCAACAGCAGCAACCUGUGCUGCCGCUGCUGCAGGAUGCAGCAGUGAGGCAGCUGUUGGAUGUCUUCUGGCUGGGGGCAGAAGCAAAAGUUGUGCAUGCAGCAGCAGCAGUUAUUGCUUUGCUGCUGCUGCCGGCUCCCGUUGCUGCGCGCUGCUGCUCUCCGUAA